AUGGACCCCUACAAGGUGCGUGCUCUGCUCUCCGCUGCCCAGUACCGGCCGUCGAGCUCCUUCAACGCCCCGAUGUGGAGCACCAACUCCGGCGCGCCCGUCUGGAACAACGACAACUCCCUCACCGUCGGAUCCCGAGGCCCAAUCCUGCUGGAGGACUACCACCUGGUGGAGAAGAUCGCCGACUUCGACCGCGAGCGCAUCCCGGAGCGGGUGGUGCACGCCCGGGGCGCCAGCGCCAAGGGCUUCUUCGAGGGCAACUGGGACCUGGUCGGCAACAACUUCCCCGUCUUCUUCAUCCGCGACGGCAUGAAGUUCCCGGACAUGGUGCACGCGCUCAAGCCCAACCCCAAGACCCACAUCCAGGAGAACUGGCGCAUCCUCGACUUCUUCUCCCACCACCCGGAGUCGCUCCACAUGUUCACCUUCCUCUUCGACGACGUGGGCGUGCCCGCCGACUACCGCCACAUGGACGGCUCCGGCGUCAACACCUACACGCUCGUCAACCGCGCCGGCAAGGCGCACUACGUCAAGUUCCACUGGAAGCCCACCUGCGGCGUCAAGUCCCUCCUCGAGGACGAGGCGGUCACCGUGGGCGGCACCAACCACAGCCACGCCACCAAGGACCUGACCGACUCCAUCGCCGCCGGCAACUACCCGGAGUGGACCUUCUACAUCCAGACCAUCGACCCGGACCACGAGGAGCGGUUCGACUUCGACCCGCUGGACGUGACCAAGACGUGGCCCGAGGACGUGGUGCCGCUGCAGCCGGUGGGGCGGCUGGUGCUCAACCGCAACAUCGACAACUUCUUCGCGGAGAACGAGCAGCUGGCCUUCUGCCCCGGGAUCAUCGUCCCCGGGGUGUACUACUCGGACGACAAGCUGCUGCAGACGAGGAUCUUCUCCUACUCGGACACGCAGCGCCACCGGCUGGGGCCCAACUACCUGCUGCUGCCGGCCAACGCGCCCAAGUGCUCCCACCACAACAACCACUACGACGGGCUCAUGAACUUCAUGCACCGCGACGAGGAGGUCGACUACUUCCCCUCCAGGUUCGACCCCGCCAAGCACGCGCCCCGCUACCCCAUCCCCUCCCGCACCCUCAACGGCCGCCGCGAGAAGAUGGUGAUCGAGAAGGAGAACAACUUCAAGCAGCCCGGGGAGAGGUACCGCUCCAUGGACCCGGCAAGGCAAGAGCGAUUCAUCAACAGAUGGAUCGAUGCGCUGUCCGACCCCCGCCUCACCCACGAGAUCAAGGCCAUCUGGCUCUCCUACUGGUCUCAGGCUGACAAGUCUCUCGGCCAGAAGCUCGCGAGCCGUCUCAGCUCGAAGCCGAGCAUGUAA